CUGUUAAUGUAUAAGUGAACAUUAUAAUAAUUCAAAAAUGGGGCGUAAUCUAUUGAUGAGUAGUUUAGAAAAUGCAUCAUUUAAUAUUAUCCUUCAAAUAUUGUUCAGGUGUGUAACAUUCAUUAUCAAUGCUUGGGUUAUAAGGAAUGUUGGACAUGAAGUCAUUGGUAUAAUGAAUGUUAGACUCCUAUUGUUGGAGAGUACUAUAUUAUUUUUAAGCAGAGAACCAUUUCAUAGAGCAUGUUUAGGACAAAAAGAUAACUGCACAUGGAGUCAGAUAAUAAAUCAGACUUGGCUAUCAGUCCCAAUGAGCUGUUGUUUGUCUGUAGUGUUUGUGUAUAUUUGGUUAAACAUCUUACCUUUGGGUCAUCCAGAACUUGCAGCGCAGUAUACAUUUGGUUGUUGGAGUGUUGCAUUUUCUUGCAUUUUGGAGCUUUGUUCAGCAAAUAUGGCACUUGUUGCACAAUUAUUCUGUUUUGUCAAGUUAAAAGUUGUAUUGGAUACAUUACAUAUAUUUGUUCGAACAGUUUUAUUUUUGUCUAUUAUCAUUUAUGAUAGAUCAAUGGCACUUAUAGCAUUUUCUGUGGCACAAGUUGGUAGUAUUGCAGUUAUUGUUAUUGCAUAUUAUUGUUUCUUCUAUUGGUACAUCAAAAGUAAACCACUUUAUGUUAAAGGAGCCCUUAAAAGUAGAAUUGUUCCAGAUAGCAUUUUACAGAAACUUUACACCAACAUGGAUGAUUUUAACUUUGAGUCUCUUAGAGAUUUUUUACCUAAAUACUCAGGCUCAUUAAACAGCACAUUUGAUAAAAAAUUGGGCACAUUAACUGUGAGCUUUGCUAAGCAGGGUGUUGUUAAACAGUUAUUAACCGAAGGAGAAAAGUAUGUAAUGUCUGCAAGCCCUGUAAUGUCAUUCAGUGAACAGGCCACUUAUGAUGUUGUAAAUAAUUUAGGUAGCUUAGCCGCGCGUUUUGUUUUCAGACCUAUAGAAGACAGUAGUUAUUUUUAUUUUACUCAAAUGUUAAAUCGCGAUUUGCCUUUACAUAAACAAGAUCAGCACAAAGUUCAAGAGUCAUGCACAGUGUUAUCGCAAGUGUGUAAAACUGUCAGUUCAAUAGGAUUAAUUGUUCUUGUAUUUGGUCAAAGUUAUUCUUGCACUUUACUGACCAUGUAUGGAGGUCAGGCAUUUGUAGCUAGUGGUUUGCCAGUACAAUUGCUUAGGAGUCACUGCUUAGCAAUAGUUCUAAUGGCUAUUAAUGGUAUUACUGAGUGUUACACUUUUGCUACUAUGACGAGUGGGCAACUAAAUAGUUACAAUUAUUUAAUGGUAUUUUUCUCAAUAAGUUUUUUACUUUUAUCUUAUGUUCUUACUUAUAUUUUAGGUCCUGUUGGUUUCAUUAUAUCUAACUGUAUUAAUAUGUUAGCACGGAUAUUCCAUAGCAUUCAUUUUAUAAAUGAGAAAUAUAAAGAUACUGAUUAUAGGCCUUUACAAGGACUUUAUGUUGGUAAAUUUUUUAUAAUAAUAUUGACUGUAGCAGGAAUUAUCUGUAAAUUAUCUGAAAAUAAAUUAUUUAAAACUAAUAUGCUAGCUCAUUUAGCAAUUGGCAUUCUAUGUUUUAUGUGUGUUUUGAUGGCAUGGGGAUAUGAAAAUAAAGAACUUAUCAUUAAAACAUAUAGAAAAUUUUUCAAAAAAGAAGAUGAAAAAGUUUCAAUAGACUAGCAUUCGGUUAUUAAACUAUUAUAAGUAUGUAAAUAAUAUAUUUAUCAAACAUAAUUUAUGUGCAAAUUGUAUUUAACUAUAUAUAUAAAAAACCUAUAGAGUCAAUAAUUGAAUAAAAGAUAAUUCAUUGGUAAUGUAACAUAGAUUUAUUUUAAAAUAUAACAUAAUCUGUACAUAAUUAUUGAAUUAAAUAUAAAAAAAUACACUAUUUGUUGUUUACAUUGGAUAAAAGAAUAUACCUUUCAUUUGAGUUUCACAUAUUCUUUUCACUUCAUCUGUAAGCAAAUGAAAAUAAUUAUUAUCCAAUAUAUUAUGUAACUUCUAAA